GGAGAAUUUCAGAAAUCAAAUUUGUAUUAAAGCCAGUGCCAUUUCUUCGAUUGAAUCAGAUCAGUUUUAGCUUUUCAACAAGCAAUUGUGUCGAAAAUUAAAAGAAAAACAAUCGUCGAAAUGAAUCCAAAAUUGGUGUUCUUCGUUGCCUUUGUCGUUUCUGCUUGCUCAGCUGAAGAUCUGAUGGCAGCACGUUUUCCAGCUGAUGUCGAUCCAGCAUUGUGCCCAGGCUACCCAAACUGUGACAAUACUAUUUUGCAUGUUACCGAAAAGGUUGAAGUUCCAGAAUUGAAAGCAGAACGUUUCCCAGCUGAUGUUGAUCCAGCUUUGUGUCCAAACUACCCAGACUGUGACAAUACUGUCUUGCAUGUUACCGAAAAGGUUGAACUUGUAGAGGUGAAACCAGAACGUUUCCCAGCUGGUGUUAGCCCACUCGCGUGCCCAGGUUACCCAAAUUGUGACAAUGCCUUGUUGCACGGAACCGAAAAAAUUGAAGUUCUCCCAACCUACCACAAAUCAAUUUACCCAGGCUAUAAAUACUACGGCUACAACCAAUUGACACACUUCGCCGAUGAAUACUACCCAGCUUCACCUUAUGUCAUCCCAAGAACUAUUGCACCAAUCUAUCGUUAUGCUCCCGGUGUUGCUCCAGUAGCACCAGUCGUUGCUCCAGUUGUCGCCCCAAUCGCCGUUGCUCCAGUUGCACCAAACACCGUUCACACCAUCAACGGUAGCCCAGUUGCACCAAUUGCACCAUUCGCCGCUUUGCCAGGAUUCGCUUCACGAUUGUUCACAGUUUUCUUCGUUGCCUUUGUUGUCGCUGCUUGCUCAGCUGUAGAUGUACCAGCACGUUACCCAGCUGGUGUUAGCCCACUCGCGUGCCCAGGUUACCCGAACUGCGACAAUGCAUUGCUUCACGGAACCGAAAAGAUCGAAGUUCUUCCAACCUACCAGAAAUCACUUUAUCCAGGUUAUAAAUACUACAGCUACAACCAAUUGACACACUUCGCCGAUGAAUACUACCCAGCUUCACCUUAUGUCAUCCCAAGAACUGUUGCACCAAUUUACCGUUAUGCUCCAGUCGUUGCUCACGGUGUUGCUCCAAUUGCCUCCGUUGCUCCAGUUGCACCAAACACCGUUCAUACCAUCAACGGUAGCCCAGUUGCACCAAUUGCACCAUUCGCCACUUUGCCAGGACUCGCCUCAAAACUGCUUGUUCGCAGUUACUAA